UUUCAACUAAUUCGAGAUUUUAAAGCGUGAGAUUAUUCUGUUCGACUUUAAAAUCGUUUGCACUAGUAAGUAGAACGAACUGAUUUUUAAUUUUGUCAACGAUGAAUUUCGAUUCGAGAUCUUUACCCGAGCCUACAAAUACUAACUCAAUGGCUUCCACUUUGAUUAGACUAGAAGAAUCGUUUAUAAAGCAAUAUCCUGAGGAUGUCCAAAAGAAACUGCAAGAAAUUCGAAGUACUAAAAUGAUAAUAGAACAAAAACAUCAUUAUAUCAAGCAUCGUGUGGAUGAAUUGUUGGAAAAUAUCAGAAAACAAAUAUUUAAGGACGGGGAUGAAAUUUUAAACCUAAAAUUGAAAUCAUUAGAAGAAAUGGAGAAGAAAGUUAGAGAUACAAGGUUGCUUCUAACAGAUAAUUGUAUGAAUAUCCCCGAAUCGAUACGGGAUAUCUCUGAAAUUGAAGAAAUAGAUUCAUUUCAUGAUCAACUUUUAUCUCAUAUCUCAUUUGACUUCAUAACAGAUAUAUCGGAUGCCAAAUAUUGUUUAGGUUAUAUUGAAAGUUUUCCACUCAAACCAAAAGACUUAACUCUUGAGAUUAAUGAGCUAAAUAAAUAUGAAAUUGGAACGGAUUUUGAAGUUACAGUUAGAAGCAAGAAAUCGUGGUACUUUAUGACCUUGCGCUCAUUAGCCGGCUAUGCAGAGAACGAGAAUGGAAUAAAAAUAUUACCUAAGAUUUUAGAUAAAGAAGACGGUACUUACAUAUUCCUGUUUGUUUUAGAUGAUUUUUCUAAAUACUAUAUCGAAAUAACACUCUAUGGUCGUCCAAUCAAAAAUAGCCCUCUUAUAGUCAAGAUCGAACCGAGCGUGCGAAGUAAUAGAUGUAAGACGUCUAUUCCCAGAACGCUAUCACCUUCAAAUGAAGGAAAACAUCCAUUCAAAGACGGAAAACUAUUAAAUAAAUAUAAUCAAAAAUUCAAAGAAGAAGAAAAACAUCUAGAUACGAAAACAUCCACACUUAAUCCAGUCUAUCGCAAAGACAAAGUACGUAUUGAUACAAAUGGAGAGGAACUUAUUGAAGAUAAAAAUUAUGAUCCUAAGAAUGAUUGUAUAGAAAACCGCCGUAAUGAUAUCAAUAAAACAGACAGUUUAGAUGGCGAAGAAGACAGUGUUACUCUUACAGCUUAUCUUUUAUCUACUAUAACUAAACAAAAUGGUGUUGAUCUUUACUUUCCUAUUGGAGUUUCCGUAAAGCAGAGUAAUGAUAUCAUUAUAUGUGACACUGGCCAUCAUAUGGUGUGGAUCGUAGAUGAAUCUGGUAAACCUAAACAGAAAAUUACUCAAAGAAAGCAAGGAGUAAAUCUGUAUAGACCUUCGGCAGUUGUUGUUACUGAAGACGAUAAUUUUGUUGUGAAAGAUAAUCACGGACUUCAUUUAUAUAGUCAAAACGGCAUUUUCAUAAGAAGUAUUGGAGAAAGAAUACUUCAGAAGCCUUAUGGACUUGCAAUAACAGAAGAUGAAAAAUUAAUAACAUUGAACGAGACAUCAACACCCAGUUUAUUUGUUUUCAAUAAGGAUGGCGGCAUAGAAAAUGAGAAUUUAUUCGAACCACUAGCAGAAAGAUCAGCAGCAUCAAAAUGUCGAUUUUUGGCAUCCUAUUCGAAUGAAGUCGUCGUAUCUGAUUUAGGAUUAAGCAAGAUAUAUAAAACAACUAUGGACGGGCAACUGAUUAAAGAAUUUGGUUCUUACGGAAUAACUGAUGGUGCUAUGAAUGAACCGUCUGGCAUUACUUUAGAUCCAAAAGGAACUAUGCUUAUUGGUGACAGCAAAAACGAUCGCAUUCAGAUCUUCGACUGGAAUGGAGAAUUCUUAGGUAACGUGAUUUUCACCUCUCCAAUUAGGAGACCUUCGGAUAUCGCUUUAACUAAAGAUGGACGUUUAUAUGUUGCUAAUUACUUGGAUCAUUAUAUAUCAGUUUUUCGUCUUAAAAUAGGAGAUUGAUUUUAAAAUUUAUCCGAUAAUCAUCAUAUACAGUAAAUCAAUAUUAAUUCGGAUUAUAAUGCAUAUUGAAACUAUUGAUUAUCUUUCCUUUCGUUAAAAAGUUUUGAAAAUUAAAUUAUUUAAUGUAAAAAAAAUUUAAUAAUAUAAUAAUCUUUCUGUUAUAUUAAAAUAAAAUGAACAAAAGAAUAUUAAAUAAAUUA